AUGUAUUCGGAUGAAUCAAGAAUGGGCAAUAGUAAUUUAUUAAAUCAAUUUAAAUCUGAUAAUGUUUCGAAUACAAAGAAAAGUAUAGUAAGUAUAAAAGAUAAUUUGAAAGAGCAGAAUUCAAAGGUUGAAGAAUUAAGAAACGAAACUAUGGGAAAACUUAAAAUUGAUAAAGAAACACAGACAAAACUCUUCUAUGAUUACGCAACAACACUCAAUAGAAGUCUCGUCAGACAAAGUAAUAAUGUAACAGAAAAGAAACUGAAACAUUUCAAUAAUGAUAAAACCAAUUCCUUUCAAGAUUCUGCAACAAAUAGCUCAAUUAUACUUUCCAAAGACCGUCCCGAACCUUCAAUUAAAAACACCCAACCCAUAAAAAACGACUUAGCCAACAAUCUUCAAAGGAAAACAAACCAUAUAAUCUCAAUACUGGGUCUAUUUGAACUAUCGGUUGGAAACUAUCCACGAGCUGAAGGAAUAUCGGAGCUAGCAGCAGCUAAACUGGCAAUACACCAUGUCAACCAGCGAGCUUUACUGCCUGGCUACGAACUACACUUGUUAACUAACGAUACCAAGUGUGAUCCGGGUGUUGGAGUGGACAGAUUUUUUCACGCCCUCUACACUGAGAGAGAAUCUCGUCUCAUCAUGUUGCUUGGCACCGCCUGUUCUGAAGUCACCGAGAGCAUUGCAAAAAUAGUUCCUUAUUGGAACAUUGUUCAGAAUACUGUUAUUUUUAAUAUAUCAAGUACGUCUUUCAACAGAACAGUCGCCCCGGACUCGUCUCACAAUCCAGCCCGAAUAGCUUUUAUAAGGCAAUUUGGCUGGGACACUGUGACCGCAUUCUCGCAGAACGAAGAGGUUUACUCGUUGGCCGUCAAUGAGCUGGUAACUCAACUGGAAGCAGCCAAUAUUACAUGUGCAGCAUCUAUUACGUUCGCCGAAUCAGAUUUCAAGGAACAGCUACAACAACUUAAGAAGCUCGAUACGCGGAUUAUUAUAGGCAGUUUCUCUCGGGAGAUGAUACCAAAAAUAUUUUGCGAGGCUUACCGGCUGGGUAUGUUUGGAGCGGAGUACGCCUGGCUAGUAGCUGGGGCACCUCCUCGUAUCCGUGGAGUGGCACCUUGUUCACGAGCUCAUCUCGCACGAGCAUUGGAAGGAUUGGUGUCAGUCACAUCGCACCGAGGAAUACUUGGAGAUGUUGUGUCAUAUUCAGGACUUACGAAUGAAAUGUUUUAUCGGGAAAUGGAAAUGGCGGGUGGAACAAUAUCGCCGUACGCACCUCACACAUAUGAUGCUGUGUGGGCGAUGGCACUCGCAUUGAGCAGAGCUGAACAGUUAUGGAAGAACCCACAGACAGAUGGAAACAAAUUAGAAUUACGACAUUUUGAUUACGAUAGAAAGGAUAUGGCGAUGGAAUUUCUCAACCAAUUCGCAAAUCUCAGUUUCCUUGGUGUAUCAGGACCCGUCUCGUUUAAUGGAGCGGAUCGGAUAGGCAUGUCCGCCUUCUACCAGAUACAAGGAGGACGGCCAAAAACUGUGGCGUUGUAUAGUCAUGGGCAUGAAAUGACUUGCUCGGAAUGUACGAAGCCACAAUGGGCUGGAGGAAUACCAGCAGCAAGAAGAGUUCUGGUCUUGAGGGUCGAUUCUGUUUGGGCGCCAGCCAGGCUAGCGGUGGCUACCAUGUCGGCCGCGGGCGUGGCACUGUCACUGGCAUUUUUGGCAUUUAAUUUACAUUACAGUAAACGAAGAUUUAUAAAGCUAUCGUCGCCUCGUCUGAACAAUAUGACGUUGAUCGGAUGCGUGUUAGUGUACACAGCGGUUGCUCUACUAGGAGUCGAUAAUGCGAUUCUACCCUCAUAUGUGCCAUUCUCCGCCUUAUGCACUAGUCGAGUAUACAUACUGUCUGCCGGAUUUUCAUUGGCGUUUGGAUCCAUGUUUGCCAAAACAUAUCGCGUCCAUCGAAUAUUCAUCAGUAACAGAAGCGGAGUGUGCAAAACUAAAUUGCUCCAAGAUACUCCUCUCAUAUCAUUAGUUUGCGCUCUUCUCGUUAUUGACGGUUUAAUCGUAACUUUGUGGGCUAUCGUGGAUCCUAUGGAACGUCACUUGAAGAACUUGACUGUUGAAAUUAGUACAACAGAUCGUAGUGUAGUAUAUCAACCCCAGAUAGAGGUUUGUAAAUCACAAAACACGACAGGUUGGUUAUGUGCUCUUUAUGCUUACAAGGGCCUGCUGCUUAUAGUUGGGGUGUACAUGGCAUGGGAGACACGAAACGUUGAAAUAUCAGCCCUAAAUGACUCUAAGUACAUCGGCAUAAGUGUAUAUUCCGUUGUGAUUACAAGUGCUAGCGUGGUAGUCAUUGGUACUAUUAUCUCAGAAAGGGCUACUUUGGCUUACAUAACAAUAACUAGUUUGAUACUCAUAGCUACGACUUCUACUUUAUGCCUACUUUUUUUGCCUAAAAUUAUAGCAAUUCGAAGAAAAGCUGAAGAUGAUCCUGUAAUACAGAGCAUGGGAUUGAGACUAGAGUGUAAAACAAGACGAUUUGUGACAGAUGAAACACAAGAAUUACACUUCAGAAUAGAAAUACAAAACAAAGUUUAUAAAAGGGAAGUGGCAGCUUUGGACCGAGAAAUUGGAAGGCUUGAAAAAUUACUCGCGGAACCUUUAGAAUUAUCUACUGGGUCUAAUACAUCAGCUUUAUUACAUAAGAGAUCGGAACUGAACCCAGUUGAGGAAGAAGAAGUACGUCCAGCUUCAACUCGCACUCCAAGCGUGACUGGCGGUCUGCCUGUUCUGUUGCUGUCAGUUCUUCCACCCGUCAUACCACGCGCCAGUUGGCCAUCUGAUACUUGUAGGAGAACAUCUGUCAGUUUUAGCUCACAACCCAAACUCAACCGUAAAUCUCAUCCAGCUAUAGAUUUAUAUAAUCUUUGCCUGAAUAGACGUGAGGAAAAUCAAGGAUGGUUGAGUAGAAUUAAAAGUUUCUUUGGAAGCAGAUCUUCAAGUCGUAAAGCGUCCACAAUGUCCAUAGCAGAUCCGACUGGACAAAGCAUUGCUGCUGCUUUAAAGAUGCAUGUAGGCAUGAUUGCUGGUCUGGUUCCCGGUAAUAGGAAACAUUCCAUGGUACUAUCUUGUAAUACAUUACAUGUACCACAUCCAGAACUAAAAUUGAGAAGAGAAUCGUAUGCCAAAAGCGGACCUAUAAUACGAAUAACGGAUGAUGAUGCAAGUUGCUCCAAAUACACUUCGAAUAAUAGUAUUUCUUCAGGUCCUCAAAAAUAUAUAGCUGAGCCUGAAACAAAGGUAAAUUUUGUACUUCCAGCAACACAUAAACAACCUAUGUCUCAUCAAAAUUCAUGUGAAAAGUUUAAAGGUUCCCCAAGGUUUCCCCAUAGAAUAUCACCAGCGGCUUCAAGUUUAAUAACUUUAAAUAGCAAAAGAAAAACAAGCGCUGACAGCGUAUUUCACAUAUCGGACGGCGGCUACGAUGAACAUCGUAGAUACAGUCAUCAAAAUGUAAGCAAUAGGGAAUACAAAAGUAAAAAUGCACUUGAAAGUCGAUGGAAAUCAACAGAAGAUGCUAUACCUGGACCUUCAUCUAGCCACUAA